UGCUAAGUUUAUAUUUUUGUCAACAAGAUUUUAUUUGAUUUCGAUUUGAUAUUAAUUAAAACUGCAAACGUUGAUACUGUUAUCAGAAUUGAACCUUUGAUAAGCUUAAUACUUGAGGAUUUAUCGGAAAGGAACAAGGGAUUAUAUAAUUUUUAUUAUCUUGAACCGAUUUUAGAUCUUCACAUCUCUCUGUUUUAUAUAUUCAUCACAUAGCUACGCACAAAGCUCUAUGAAAUGUUUAUCCAUCCCUGUGUUAGGACUUGUUGUAUGUCUGGUAGUGCAUAUAUGUCUCGUACGUUGUUUUCUUUGUGCAAGGGCCUAUUCAACACAUACAUAGAUGAUAUUUCAAAUUCAUUUUAAAUGAAUGUUAUCUUUUUUAAUAUAGUGAUUCAGUCCUAAUAAGGAUUGUAUGGACAGUAGUAGGUUGAAUCUUAACUGCCGAUUGGACAUCAAUUGUUAAUGAAAGAUAUGUUAUUUAUUCAAAGUUUUUCCCAUCAUUUCAGGGGUUUGUUUUAUGACGUAAUAUAGGAAAUCAGAAUCUACAGGGUUUUCCAUGAAUUGUUUAUUCACAGUAGGGCUAUAAAAUGUUGAACCGGAUUCUUCAUCUUGAUGAUACUAUGAUAUAAAAAGGCAAGUCCAAGUUAUUCGUGACGGUGGUUGACAGUUUUGUGGAGGUGUAGUUGAUGAUUAAUACCAAUUAAACGUUAUAUAAAUGAAAAGUUUAAUUUUAAGUAUUUGUUAAACGCAAGAGAAUAAAACUUUUAGUAAAUUUAAAAUAUUCAAUCAUUGGAAUUAAAAGCUUUAUUGAAGCAAUAAAUUAUAUAAUACCUUGUUUGAAUUCGAUACCAGUGUCUAUCUUACUGUAGAAACAACUAUCUGUUUAUGGAAUAUUUUAUUAUCAGAAAUUGCCGCUUGCAUAUAUUAAUUAUGCAAUGCACAUUUAUGUUAAAUAAAUAUGUAGACACUGCAUUGCCAAGGAUUGUAGGACAACAAGGCGAUAUGGACGUGAAAGACUCCAAUUUGAGAUUGUGUGAAAGGUCAUUGUGUCCAUGGAAAAGAACCAUUGACUAUGAUUCAAAACGAAUUCCAGAAACAUUAGUGAAAGCUGAAUGCUUAAGUGACACAUGUCAAUUUCCAACCUCAUCUUCACACAAUAGAUUAUUUACAACUUGUGAAGAAGUUAAAACAGAUAUUCUGAUAUACAAAAAUAACAAGUAUUCAUUUAUAAAAGAUUGGCCAAUAGCUUGUGCUUGCACCAAACGAAAUGUUUCCCGCGGGCAAAACAUUUCUAAAAAACAGGGCAGAUCUAUAAAAACUUCACAAAGAACAGCGGGCAAAAGGAAGAAGAAAAGACGUGUACAGAUGAAUAAAAGGUUACGGAAUUCCAAACAGAAGACAGGACGUAGGUUUGACGCAAAUCGAAAAGGAAAAGGUGUAAAUUUUUUAAAAGGAAGUGCUUUAAUUCCUUUUUGGUAUAUCAAAUAAUUCAUUUUAGACUUUUUUUGAUACGCUUUUGUAACUAUGUUCAUGGUAUACUAAAUGAUAUCGUUAUGGGAAAGUUCUUUGUAACCGUUAUCAACUUUGUAAAUAUUGUAUUGUUUUAUUUAUUGCGGGAAAUUGGUUGAAUAUAUACAUUUGUGCUUUACAUUUAAUAUGGUUUUACUUGUUUAAAUGGCUUAUUGUUUUACUGCAUAUUAUGAGUAUUUCACAAGUUAAACCGUUAAAUAUACCAUUGAAAAAUGUUUAUUGUAUUAUUUGUUCCUAGUUAUUGUAUUUCUUAAUAGGAUUCUAUUUCUGAUUUUAGAAGAUUUUUAGUUCGCCAUUAUAUCAAACCUGAGGUAAUUAUUGUUAAACAGUUAACGAAGUAAACAGUUGAAUAUAUAAAAAGCUUCUUUUACAUCUUUGUUAGUGAUUGAUAUUUUAAAUAUGCAUGUAUUUAUAUUGAUACGAAUUUUCACAAAACUCUUGUCAUUAUUUUGUUAUUCAUGACUAAAGCUUCUUCGCAUAAUGUAAGUAUAUUCUAUGUCAAUAAAAUAACGCACAUUCUAUUGUCCGACAAUAAGUGAUCCAAAUAAAGAAAACAAUAAAGCGUUAACUAUUUCUUUUUAAGGGUAAAUAACUAUAUCUAAUGACAUUUGUAAAUAAAUUCCUAAACGUAUCCAUACUAUUUUGCCGAUUUAACAAUAAAUGUCUCAAACAUGAAUAAUAAACGUAAACAGAAUAAACUGUUCUCGCACAAAAUAUCAUUUUCACACGUAUACAGUUCUUUUAUCCGUAUAACAAUGAGUUCGAGCAUUUGCCAUUCGCUCUUUAAGAGAUAUGUAAACAUUUCCUUUUCAAUUAUUUGUUUUUAAAAUCCAAACAAUCGUUAAGUAAACUACAGGCAGUUGGUAUUUAGCUUUAUACACUUUAACUCAAGUAUUAAGAUGCAUAUUUGAAGUCCUUAACACAAUAACACGAAUUCCUAGUGCAAAUAUGAUAUCAUUACCACAUUAUUUUCACUUUUAGUUGUUUUUAAUUUUAAAGCAAACAGUACAAUAUCACUUGUGU